UCUAACCGCCAUCUUUUUGUCGUUAUUGUUCCUGCUAAUACUUGUCUUUUUACCUCUGAUCGUUUAAUUCGACGAGCUUGAUAACAAAAUAUGUGAGCGAUUAAAUAUGGUGAGCACGCUUCCCUUGUUAUCUUGAAUAAGGAAAACUUUUAUACAUAUCACGAGAUCUUAUAAUUCUAUAUCACCCAAGGACACAAAUUUUUUACCACUACUGCAAAUGGAAUGUAAUAAUCACAUAGUAUGUUUUACAUACGUAAUUAAGAAGCAUUGUCUGAAUCAAAUAUUAUUGAGAGAUGCUGUAAAACUACAUAUUUGAGAAAUUGAAUCCAAUAUCCAUCAUUAUGAUAUCUUGCGACACUUCAUUUAAGGUUUGCCGCAAAUCUGUCCAUGAGAAUGAAAAAUUUCGAUGACGCAAUUGAAAGGAGAACUAUUAAUUCAACUUAUUGUUAUCUGUUGGAAACACGAUGUCAUAUCUCGAUACGAUAAUAAUGUUGCAUAGUAUCAGGAACUGUUGCGAUUAUGCCGAAUGAAUUAUUAGAGCCGCGCGUACCGCCAGAAAUCUGCGGUUUUGUUAUGGGCCAUAAUUACUAUUAUGCGAGAUCGCAUUAAAGCUCCCUCGAGCAACUAUUGCAUCUUCCAUCUCCAUCCCGUCACAAUCGAAUUGGUCGCUAUAAAACCCGACUGUUGCGAUGAGCCACCUCAGUUUUGCGAACGCUUGUAGAAUUCGACCAAAUUGCUAAUGAUUCGGAAGGCGAUACUAUUAGCGAUGGUCUUGGUAGGAGUUCGAAACGAACCGCAAGGUCCAGCCUAUCUUCCACCUAGUUCUCGACCUGCUGGUGGAGGUGGAGGUGGAGGUGGAGGUCAUCCGGAUGAAUGGGCCGGUGAUCCGGCGAACUACGAGUUCUCGUACGAGGUUCAGGACGCGGCAGCGGGUCUGGAUUUUGGCCAUCGCGAGAUGAGAAAGGAUAUGGAGGCUACCGGGACUUACCACGUAUUGUUACCGGACGGCAGGACCCAGAUCGUUGACUACGUCGCCGAUCAAGACGGAUAUCGGCCGAUGGUGCGGUACGAGGGAACCGCCAGUUAUCCUGCGCCAGGACCAGCAGGACCUGCACAAGAGGAGGGCUACAGAUAUUAGAACCUUAACUUUCUCACGAUGGAGGGCCGAUUCUUAACACUUUAGAAGGAUUAGGUAUCAUUUAAAAAGUAUUUUUUUUAAACAUGAGAACGAUCCAAUAAUCAUUAUUGGAAUUCUCGAAUGUUAGAGUACGAACAUUCGAGCUUUAUUAAAUAAUUGCGAUCAACGGAAUAAUAUCGCAGACGAUUUGGAUGAUUUUUAGUUCGGAAAAUAAAAGAGAUAUUUGAUAAGAGAUAUUUGCCGUGACAGUGGCAACUAUAAUUUUAUUUGUAAUAUGUAAUAAAAAUAAUAUGUGAAAAAUAACGGAA